AAGACAAGCGUUGUACACGGGCACAUGACAAAACGAGAGAGGAGAGGAGAGGAGAGGGAAGGAGGGAGGCAAUAAAUGGAGGUGAGGUGAUAAUGAUAUAGGUCGCGGUCUUCAAAACACAGAGCGUUUGGUGUGACCCCAUUGUCGAUAUCUCCUCUCCUCACCCUUCCCCUGUGUUCUUCAAUUCAAUUCUGGCCAGAAGCUGCCCCCCUUUUCUUCCCCACUUCUUCUACCCCUCUCUCCUCCUGCUGCGCAAAGAUCUUCAAGCGCUUCAAGAUUCACAAGGCCGAUCAUGCCGUGCGCUGCCGAGCUUGUCAACGGUGAGGGAGGCGCUAUCAAAGUGGGCACAACCGGCACCAUCGGCUCACUCAUGACGAGAGAACUGGAGGCCAUCAAAGUCACGCCGCAAGGAGCUGCCACCCCGCGCCUAAGACGCCAAAGCAGUCCGGUUUCGUUGCCAUGUGGCGCUAGCCCCCGGAAGAUCAUCCUAAGGAAGAGCUCGUCCAGUGUUUCCAGCAGCAACAACAACAGUAGUAAUGGCAGAGCUGACCGUGUGAGUGCUGAAGAAGCCUGCAAGACAAGGAGGAGCUCUCACCGGAACAAGUCCAGCUCCCCGAUGCUGCACUCGGAUGGUGUGCUGGUUGACAGGAGCCCCAACUUGGAAAAGGCCAAGAAGAAAGGAAAUGUGCAUGGCGUCGAGGUGGUGGAUGUCAGGUGCGGUAAUCCGAUGAGCAGCCGUCUCAGGAAGCUGGGUUUCUCCAAGCUCUCAGAGACCUUUGCCUAGCCCUAACGGAAGAUGACUGAAAUCAAAGCUGCUGCUGCUGCUGCCGCUGCCCUUUCCUGGAGGGCAUCUUGGGUUUCUUUGUGCAAGCCUUUGGAGGGCAACACGAUGCCAUCUUUGGUGAGCCAAUCAUUUCAUCCACCUGACUGCCCUGCACCCUUGUGUGUCGCGAUCCGGUUUAGCUCAGUUUUCCUGCUCAUGUGUCCUGAUGUGUGGAAAGUUAGUCUACGAAAAGCAUUUCCCAUCAGAAGCUAGAUGUCAAAUUGUCAAUGGAUGAUAUAAUGUAAGGAUGCGCGUGUUGUCGGAAAACCUUGCCCUUCUGGAAUAGCAGAUCAGUUUCCUAGAA